AUGCUUCAGGUUGAAAAACAAAGAACAAAAGUAGCAGAUACAAAACCGUUAGACUAUAUCUUUACAAAUGCUGGUAGGACUAUUUCAGAUGAAGAAAUUUCAUCCCGAGUAUACAGGUUUGACUAUCCAAUUCGUUGGCUUCAAAGUCCUUCAGAUGCAAAGGCAAUAGGAUUUAGAAGAGUUUUGUUUUCAAAUAGAACUAACGCAUUUAUGUUCGCAGUAUAUUUUCAUGGGCAGUAUAAAGGUUCUGGUGGUCUAAUAGACAAAUUUGACGAAAUGAGAAUCUUUACAGUUCGUUCAGACGAAAGUCUUGAGAAAACUCUAAAUGACUUUCAAACUCAAAUGAACAAAUAUUAUUGGGAAUUUCAAGAAAAAUACGACUCUUUACUAAAUGGAACAUACUAUCUGAAACUAGAAUAUGACAAGAUGAACUC